GAGGAAGAGCAGAAGGUCAUCAAGACCUUGGAAGAGGAUGACGAGUUCGAAGAUUUCCCUGAAGAUGGCAAAUGGUCCAACGACGCCAACCCUCAGAUUAACCCAUCCAACUUGUGGGAGGAAGACUGGGAUGACGAGGACAAUCAAGACGAAUUUUCCCAGAGAUUGAGGGACGAGUUGAAGAAGGCCCAGAAG